CGGAAGUGCGAUCGGGCGUGCCGGCUGCUGUCCAGGAAGCCUGGAAAUGAGAAUGCCGUUGGAAGGGAAGAACAAACGGAAGAAAAAGGGAGGUGCGGAGGAAAGAGACGACCCAGACGACGGCGUUCGCGGGAAUCUGACAGGAGACUAUGUGGUUGGACAAGUCGCCAGCAGCUUGUUCCAGGGCAAGCGGCCCUCCAGAGACAGCACAGCUCGGCUCGCGUCCCUCUUCAGCUCUUUAGAGCCGCAGCCUCAACCCGUGUAUGUGCCUGUGCCGAAAGAGACCACCAAAAAAAGGAAACGGGAUGAGGAGGAAGAAAGUACAUCCCAAAUUCAGAGACCACUCUUGCAGGAACCUUCAAAAAAAACGAAAGCGAAGAAGAAACUUGCUGAUGCAGACAAAAAGUUGGCAAACAGGGAAAACGCUCUAGCAAGUGCUGAUUUAGAAGAAGAAAUUCAUCAAAAACAGGGACAAAAAAGGAGUAAUUCUCAAUCUGGUAUUAAAGUAGCAGAUAAAAAAGUACCUGAUGAUGGAGAUCACACAGUUGUAAAUCAAAGAAAAAUUGAAAUCAACCAAGAAGAGGAGAGAUUAAAGAACAAGAGAACUGUGUUUGUUGGGAAUUUGCCUGUCACAUGUAACAAGAAGAAGCUGAAGUCAUUUUUCAGAGAGUAUGGACAAAUAGAAUCUGUACGAUUUCGUUCUCUGAUUCCAGCAGAGGGAACUUUGUCCAAAAAGUUGGCAGCAAUAAAACGUAAAAUUCAUCCUGAGCAGAAAAAUAUUAAUGCUUAUGUUGUGUUUAAGGAUGAGAGCGCUGCUACAAAAGCAUUGAAAAGAAAUGGUGCCCAAAUUGCAGAUGGAUUUCGUAUUAGAGUUGAUCUUGCAUCUGAGACUUCAUCUAGGGACAAGAGAUCAGUAUUUGUGGGGAAUCUCCCGUACAAAGUUGAAGAAUCUGUGGUUGAGGAGCACUUUUUGGACUGUGGGAGUAUUGUAGCAGUCAGGAUUGUGAGAGACCGAGCUACUGGAAUCGGCAGAGGGUUUGGCUAUGUGCUCUUUGAGAAUACAGAUGCUGUUCAUCUUGCUCUGAAAUUAAAUAAUUCUGAACUGAUGGGAAGAAAACUCAGAGUCAUGCGUUCUGUUAAUAAAGAAAAAUUAAAACCAAACUCAAAUCCCAGUUUGAAGAAUGUCAGUAAACCUAAGCAGGGACUUAAUUUUGCUUCAAAAAAUGUAGGACCUUCUAAAAGUUUGUUUAUUGGAGAAAAAGCUGUUAUCAUUAAGAAGAAAAAAAAAGGACAAAAGAAAAUUGGACAAGCUAAGAAACAGAAAAAACAGAAGUAACCACCCAAAGAUUAUUUCGUUCCCACUGAGUACUGGUAAUAAAAAUAUGGUAAACCC